GCUUACAGCGCAUCCUUUCAAAUUUCAAUUUGGUACAGAAUCUAGUAAUGUGUACCAUGUCAAUGAGAUGGCAUCUUUUGUCCCAACACCAACCGUAAGCAGCAGUAGCAUCACCUUGAACACAUCACCAACCCUAAGCAGAAACUUUCAGAUGGUUCAUGUUCAAAGCAAGAGACAGGAUUUGCUGAAUGAGAAGGCUACUCACCUUGAAGAUAUCAAAUUCGACAUGAACUUUGCAGAUUUCCCAGAGACAUCAUAUGGCCGACCAGCAUCAAGGGGGCAUUCCUUGUCCCCGUCUCGAACCAGCCUAUCACCGAUUAGUGGCAUCUCCAUUGAACAUAGAAUGAUCUCCGAUCUGAGAAACCAAUUGGAAACGCAAUCGUCGGAGAACUCCAAGCUGAGACGGCAAAUCGAAUCAGCAACAUCCAGACAAACAUACAUACCUUCAGUUCUCAGUACUUCUAUCACCCCUACUCUCAAUCAUGGAGCAAUCCCGAGGAGUCUCUCAGACACACAAGUCCCAGUGACACCCACAGUGAGGGAGACGGUAGAGUCCAUUCUCGCAAGGGGGAGCAGGAGAUCCCCCAUUGAGAAUGUGUCACUGCAUACAGAAUCUGCUACAGAGGUUCUUCUGAGAAAGCAACUUUCCGAUGCCAAAGCUGAGAUAACAGUCCUCAAUGAGCAGCUUAAAAAUGCAGAAAACAGUAGUGAUCAGCAGAAAGCGCAGUUCAGGUCAGCGAUUGAGGAACUUCAGGCAAGGCUCAAUGAAACCAUUGUAGGCAGAGAUUCUGUGCUUGAUCUCAGGAAAAAGGAGUCGGAAGGUCAAGAGAAGAUGAUUGCACAACUUCAGAAAUCAGUAAAAGAUUUGGAUGCGGUAAAUAGGCAACAAGAGAAGAAUCUUUUAGAGGUCAAUCAAAGAGCCGACUCCGCCCAACAGACGGCCUCAACCUGCUCCGCGGCUCUGCAGCAAAUUCGCUCCUUGCUCUCCAGCCAGCCACCGUACCCAAAGGGGUCGCUUCCGUACCUCUCCCCCAGCAGACCAGGGGAGGAUGUCGCCAGAGCCCUGCCACCUUCCCACGUGGUGAGAUUGGUGGAGGAGGGUUUGAGAGGUAGAUCGGAGGCUAUCAGGGAGCUAGAGAGGUCCGCAGAGGGCUCGAGGAGAGAGCUUGCAGCGGCGAGGAAAGACGCCGAAGACAAGAUUAGAACACUGUCCGCUGACAACAGAGAGAAGAUUCUUCAUGUGACCGAGGACCAUAACAAGCAAUUAGAGUCCCUGACCGAACGAGCAACUAAUGCAAGACAACAAGCAGCCGGCUUGCAGACACAACUAGCAGAAUUACAAGAGCAAUCAACCAAGCAACUAUCACUCAAGACCAUGGAGCUUGCUACCCUAACCGGUCAAUAUGAAGCGCUGAAGAAGGAGGCGGAGACAGAGAAACAUAGAUCUCUUCAAAAGAUUGAUGAUCUUACUGCUGAAUUGGAUUCAAACAGAAACAACAUGGAAGCAGCACGAGAAGAGAUAUCAAGACUCCAACUCCAAGUUGCUGAUGCUAACCUCACACUACAAUCAAACAAGGAAACACUCUCUUCCCUCCACGCCCAGCUGAAAGACGAGAAGGAGAAGACUGGAGAGUUGAGGUCACAUGAAGGUCAAAGGUUGACCAACAUCCAGAGAGAGCUGGAGGCAAGGUCACUGGAGGUCAGGCACAUGCAAGAGAUGUUGGAGACGCAUAAAGAACAGGCUCAGGCAUUGCUGAGACAAAAGAUUGUUGAAGUGCAAUGCGAGGAGCAGAAGAAAGCUGUGGACAAGACGAGCCAACUCCUGGCCGACCUUGAAGCCCAGCGAUCGGAGAGCAACAGACUCUCCCUGGAGCUGGUGAAGAAGACUGCUGACUUGGAGCAAUCCAACCAGAGCAGGGAUAGACUCACCGUCGUGCUGGAGGAGACAUCUGCCAAGCUGGAAGAGCUGCAGACCACCCAUGAGGACCUGGCAAAACAACUGGCGGAGAAGACUAAGAUGAUCAAUAUCCUCACACAGGAGAGGGACCACUAUCAUCAGAUGUCUCUGGAGAGAAUCAAGGAACUAGACUCCGCCACCAGUCUCCAGAAUAGGUUGCAAAGCCAGGUCACGGAGAGAGAGCACGAAUACCAGAUGAUGCACCAAGAAAAGAUCAACCUGACUCGGGUCAUCGAGUCCAACGAGAGGAUAAGUUCCGAUGCAAGGAAGGAAAAGGAUAGCCUCAUCAAACUCAUGGAUGAGAAGACUAAGCAGUAUGAAGAGGUCAAAGGUGUGAAGGAUGACCUGAACAGGAAGUUGAAGGUCAGGGAGAAGAGGAUUGGGUCUCUGGAGCUGGAGGUGAAGACAUUGUCCGAGGCUGUCAAGGAAAAUCAUGGUGAGGUGGAGAAGGUAAUAGAAGGAAAGGAAGGAUUGUUGGAGGAAUUGAAGACAUGUCAACACAAGGUCACUCGAUUGACGAGUGAGAGAGAGAUCCUGGAGACUAGGUAUCACGAUCUUGAGGCAUCCCAGGAGAAGACCAGGAGCAGUCUCCAGCUCCGGAUCCAGGGCCUGGAGCAUGAUCUCCAGAUGACCCUCCAAGCUCUCAGGGCCACCAAGUCAGCUGAUGCAAGGGCUGUGGAUAUAGCAAACAGCGUACAGCAAGAUCUACUGAGCAAAAGAAACCAGGUGGAUUCGUUACAAAUCAGGAUACAUGCUUUGGAGGAAAGCCUUGGUACAGCUAUCAAGGAGAAGUCAUUCCUGGAGUCGGAGAAGGCCCGGUUGGAGGAUCAGGUGUCCAAGCUGAAGGGGCAAAUGGAGCGAUUCCAACGCAAGCUAAAGAGUCUUGCUGACAAAAGGACAUCACAGAAAGACAUGGCCACCAAAUUAGAAACUGCUCUAGAGAAGGCUGCUCUGAAACACACCGAUGCUCAGCGUCUGAUUGAGGAACAAGAACAAGCGAUAGCCAAGAUGACUCUAAGACAUCAACUAGAAGUUAAGGCACUUCAAAGAACCCUUGCCUCAAAGGCCACCUCCUCUAAGACCACACCCAACCAAUCAUCCAUGUCCACCCAGCAGAGGACCACUACGGUGGAGAAGGUCCAAACGUCCGAGUCCGCAACCACCCUCACCAAGAUUCAGCAGUCCUCGGACAAAACCUCUACUGGAGUGGUAGCCAGUCAUUUCUUACAGUCGGCCAGUGUUCAGGCAAUGGGUGGACUGGUCGGGAGAAACUACAUCAGCCCUAUCCCGGUGGUUGUCAUGAAUACAUCUGGGGUUCAGGGUGAUGUCCAAGGAGACAGACGGGAGACAUCAGGAACGGCCGAGGAAGCCCACAAUGUCUCUUCUGAGCUCAAAGACCUUCUUGAAGAAGUCAAGAGUGUAUUCUUAGCUAACAUGGCUGCCCUGAAGGACACACAGUCUGGUCACAAAGAACCCGAUGGUCAUACUGGGAUGGACAGGAUAAGUCUGAAAGAAAAAUCACCCUUCAACUUGGCGAACGGGCAUGACAUUGAUGAGAUAGUGAAAUCAGCCAAAGACUCCACCCCUCAGUAUAACACAGAUGCAAUGGAACCUCCGCUUCUGACGUCAUCCCCUUACAAACCAGAAAGCGAGAACACGCCUCCUCUUGCUUACAAACCUGCCAUUCUUAAACGAGACAUAGAGCUACAGACACCCUCUUCCCCUGUCACAAAUCUCCUCGGGCUUCACGGUCAAGUGCACAGCGAUACGUUCUUGUUAAAGCGGCAGGGACUAAAUGCUAAAAAGAUUGAGAGGGAAACCACUAGUGUGAACAGGGCACAUAGACAAGGCACAGCAGGGGCUGUCGUCGCGCACAGUGUAAAUGGCACCAUUGGACAUUCUGCGAGAAGCGCAGCAGCAACGACCAAAUCGUACAGUCUGAACAGACCGGACAAGAUCAGAGUGAAGGAUGGUCAUAGAGACAGGGGGACUGGCCAAAGCCACAGGAUGCAUAGAUCUUCUGAGCAUGAUGCCAGAAGAGCCGUGAGCCAUCAAGUUUCAACAGAUGAACGCUCCUACGCAAUGGACUUUCAUCAUGUCUCAGUCCCGCUCAGAAUAGAGGUGCCAGAGCCUGGACACGUUCACACAAGAGAAGCUGGACUUGACCUUGAGAAGCUCAAUGACAGGAAUAGAAUGGAGAGCGGUGAUGUUGAGAUGCUGAGUGAUCUGAUCAUCACUGAUGAUGAUGAUAGCUCUAUCACUUCAGUCACGUCUCACAGCACUGAUGUCCCAAACAAUAAUCAGCCUGAGAGGUCUGACAGUCUGAGGAGUCUGAAAGAAAGGCUAGCUGCUCUCUCGCAGAUGGGUAAUCAACUUCAGAAAGGAAAUAAAGAAAUGGCUGGUCUAAUAAAACGCCAAGAUGCCAAACUCAGGCAAUGCAGGCAAGAGGAACUCACUGCCAAAAGAAUUAUCAACUCUAGAUAAAUACAUCGCAAAUCAAGAACUCAAUAUUUCAAA